CCACCGUUCUGAAGAGGCUCGUUCUCUCUACCGCCUCACUCAUUCAACACUGUCCGGGCUGAAUUUAGCAACGGGCAGAGAAAAUGUUGCGAAGGAGGACAGCCGGACAGGACAGCGGUGAAAGUGCUCAGCCUGACAGGAAAAAGGCAACCUGCGAGGCGCCUGCUGCUGUGAACAAACAGCAGGAAAAGAGGAGCUGCUGGUCCACUGUGGUUUUAUUAGGGAAGAUUCUCCUUCUUGUUAUCUUCGUCCCACCUUUCCUCAAUUAUGCCUCACUUCAAAGAGAAAGACAGGAGCUCAGCCCUAAAGGUGGGCAAUUAAUAGAUGUUGGUCUAGGCCAGAAGAUCAGCCUCAUCUGCAAAGGCCACGGACGACCAGUUGUAAUUCUGGACGCUCCGACGGGGAUGUCUUCAGACGUUUGGUAUCACGUGCAGGAGAGCAUCUCACAAACAACAAAGGUUUGUGCGUAUGACCGAGUGGGGCUGGGCUUCAGCUGGAGAGUGAUGGAGAACCAGACGACAGGCAUGGAGAAAGUGUGGAGAUCAUCUACCACUGGAAGGAUGGUGGACGACCUCCACAGAUUGGUCAAGGCUGCUGAGAUAGCCACACCCUUUAUUCUGGUUGGCUCGGAGCUGGGUGCGCUUAAUGGCAGGUUCUACAGCCACAUCCAUGACGCGCAAGUGUCGGACUUGGUGUUGAUCAGUCCGAUUCCAGAGGACAUCUUUGAGGAGGAGAAGUGGCAGCAGUACUGGUACACACACCUGGUGCCCACCCUGCAGAUGAUGCAGCUGUCUGCGGCUGCGGGGGUGAGUCGUCUUCUCCUCAUCCUGGGCCUUCUGCAGCCCACCCUCAGAGGAGAUGACGUCUCCGAAGAGGUCAUUCAGCGGCAGAAAUACCUGUUAAGUAACCCGGCUCACCAGAGCAGUGCGGUGGACGAACACUUCUUCCUCAACGAGAGUGCGUCUCAAGUGAGAGAGAUUUCCAAAUUCAAGCCACUGUCGAGCAGCACAUCAGUGAGUGUCAUCGUUGGAGAUUCUUUUGAUGAACAGCUUCCUGCUCAUCUCAACCAGGUUUUUGCUGAACUUCAGAGGAAGGCUUUAGAGCGGGUUUACCCACAGGCCCACCGCAUUCACAUUCGGGGGGCGGACCGUCGCAUGAUCUAUAAAAAGCCGUCAUCGGUAAGCAAACAUUUACUGGAGCUGGUGUCAAAGAGACAGACCAAACAGCAGAGGCAGUGAGGCAGUGCUCAAACAUGUCUGCCUUCCGAACAGCAGUAGGACGUUUCCUAUUGGGAAAGAGUCACUCGCAUUCACAGCUGUGCUGUAUCAUCACAUUGUUUUUUUUUUUCAUUGAAAAACUGGCUUUUUUUUGGGUGAGGUUUUACAUUUUGGGUGUGUAUUAUAAUGGUAACAGAAUCUUUUUGUGGAUAAAGACUUGUUAUAUGUACUAUUGUCUUUUUCUAUUUGUAACAGUAUUUAGUAAAAGAAGACAAAACAUCAGAUUUAUCCUGAGGAUUGAAGUUUAAUUAUGACACCACAUCAAAAUAAAAAUUUCCAACAGCUCUGGAA